UCCCCCAGGUCCUCUUAUAAAACCCAGUCAUUCCUGACCAGACAAACCAUACCAGAUCCCACCAGAGAGUCCUGGGAGACUAGAGAAGGAAAGAGUCAUGAAGCAAUAGGUUAUCUGUGUGUCCUCUCACUGACCAUGCUUCCUUUAGUGACCCCGGACUGCCUCCACAAGUCACAGAUACUAUGCUGCCUCCCAUGGCCCUGCCCAGCGUGUCCUGGAUGCUGCUCUCCUGCCUCAUGCUCCUGUCUCAGGUCCAAGGUGAGGAUCCCCAGCAGGAACUGCCCUUACCGCGGAUCAGCUGUCCUAAAGGCUCCAAGGCCUAUGGCUCCCACUGCUAUGCCUUGUUUACGUCACCAAAAUCCUGGAUAGAUGCAGAUCUGGCUUGUCAGAAGCGGCCCUCUGGAAACCUGGUGUCUGUGCUCAGCGAGGCGGAGGGAUCAUUCGUGUCCUCCCUGGUCAAGAGCGUUAGUCACAGCUACUUUUACGUCUGGAUUGGGCUCUAUGAUCCCACACAGGGCACCGAGCCCGAUAGAAAUGGAUGGGAGUGGAGUAGCAGUGAUGUGAUGAAUUACCUUGCAUGGGCGAAAAAUCCCUCCUCCGCCUCAAACCCUGGCCACUGUGCGAGCCUGCCAAGAAACACGGCAUUUCUGAAGUGGAAAGCUUAUAACUGUAAUGCGAGGUUACCCUACGUCUGCAAGUUCACUAACUAGGGCAGGAGCGAAGUCAGCAGCCUGCGUUUGGUGUGGAACUCAUCACGGACAUGAAGCCAGUGUGAAGGCACCCUGGAAGAGAAUAUUCACUUAAUUCUCCCCCAGAUAUGACCACAUGAUUCUUAUCUUCCUUCUGUUUCUUCCUUCCCACUUUCAUUUCAGUCUCUUCAUUUGGUCAUAUGGCCUAAGGUUUUAGAGAGCAAAAAUAAAAUAUUUAGUCUGCA